AUGGGUUCAGUUUCUUAUCCGCCACAUUUUGAUGGCGACAACUACGCUGCAUGGAAGGCAAAGAUGAAAUCAUUUCUCUGGGCGCUUGACGAUAGAGUGUGGCUUGUGGUUGAAGAAGGCUGGGAACCUCCAACAGUUGAAGAAACCAAAGGCGAAGGACAGUCUUCUGUUACUAUUUCUAUGCUUAAGCCUAGAAAGGUAUGGAGUGAAGAUGAACGCAACUCUAGCACAUUCAAUCAAAGAGCAUUGAAUGCGUUGUUCACUGCCGUUUCGCCUGAGCAAUUUAACUACAUCAGUAAAUGCUCAACGGCGAAAGAAGCUUGGGAUAUUCUUGAAGUUACUCAUGAAGGUAACUCCACUGUCAAAGAAUCCAAGCUUCAAAAUCUCAUCAUACAAUUUGAAAAUAUCAAAAUGCUAGAUGAUGAGAGUUUUUCUGACUUUUAUGCUAAACUUAGUGUAAUUGUCAAUGGUUGUCACAAUCUUGGUGACAGCAUUCCAGAACAUAGAGUUGUUAAGAAAAUUCUAAGGUCUCUUCCUUCUACGUUUCAUGCGAAAAGGACAGCUAUAGAAGAAUCGAAAGAUUUAAACACCUACAAGUUGGAACAAUUGAUUGGGUCAUUACAAACAUAUGAGUCUGACUUUACCGAAGUCAAGAAAGGAAAAAAUGUAGCCUUCAAAGUCAAUAAUGAAACACUGAAGGAUGAAAAGAACAAGGCGUUAACCUCCACUUGGAGUGACAGCGAUUCAGAGAAGGACACGGCAUCUGAAGAUGAUGAUGAAGUGGUUGCGUUUGUUGGAAUCUUGGAUGGAUAUGAGACUGAUGACUCGCUUGAAAGCGAGAAGAAGGAAGUAGAGAUUGAGCAUCAAUCUCAAAUGGAGCAUGCAGAGAAGCUACGAGAGUCAAUGUUGGAAAAACUACAUAUGCUCGUAUCUGACAAUGAAAUUCUUGAAAAUGAAUUAAGAGGCAUGAAAAAGAAGGUCGAAGAGUUUAGUAUUGGAUCAAGAAAAUUUGACAAAAUGUUAAGCUAUGGAAAAAAUUCAGAUGAUAGAAGUGGUUUAGGUUUUGAUUUUAAUGUGACUGGAAGUUCUUCCUCCUCUGUUACUAAAUUUGUCAAAGCUUUACAAGAACCAAGCAGAAAAGAAAGUAGUGAUGAACCCUUUGGAAAUUCGUGUACCACUACAAAUAAGCCAAAUUCUGUGAGCACUUUUGUUGAUCCAAGAAAUUUCAUUAGGUCAAAAACCUUCAUUCCUACUUGCCACUUCUGUGGAAAAAUAGGACAUAUCAGACCUAGAUGUAACAAACUUCGAAAGGAAGAUCGAACUAAGCACACCACCCAUUGGAUGUCUAGAAAAUCAAAUCUCAAAAUGAGAUUUGUUGCUAAUCCGAAGCGAAUGAAUAGGAUUUCAAAAAGAAUGCUCAAUUCCAUCACUCCAAACUUAAAACAAGUAUGGAGAAGAAAGGAGACUCAAGUUUGCUUAUUGGAUAAGAUGUCACCAUCAUCUGAUGAAGACAAUCUUACAUGUUUGGUGGCUUUUACUGCCCUCUCAACUUGUCAGUCUGAUACUUGGUAUCUUGACAGUGGCUGCUCGAGGCAUAUGACUGGAGACAAAAGAUGGUUCACAACCUUCACCGAGGAUUGUAAAAAUGGAGCAGUCACUUUCGGAGAUGGAAAAAGAGCAAGGAUUGUUGGAAAAAGAGAAAUCAAAACUCUAGGAAUUCCAUGCUUAAAAGAUGUCAUGUUAGUUGAUGGACUUAAAGCUAACCUAAUUAGCAUCAGUCAAAUUUGUGAUGAUGAUGAUGUUGAAGUAUUGUUCAAUAAAUUGAAAUGUUGUGUGAAAGUUGCUAGCGGGAUAGACAUUUUUGAAGGAAAAAGGUCUAAAGACAAUUGUUAUUGUGUGAAUGCAAAUGAAUCACAUGUGCCAAAUAUAUGCAACAAAGCAACUGAUGAUGUUUUGGAUUUAUGGCAUAAAAGAUUAGGCCAUAUGAAUUGUAAGGAUAUGAUCAAGCUUUCCAAGAAGGAAUAUGUGAGAGGUUUACCAAUGUUGGCUGGAGAACUUGGAAUUUGUGGAGAAUGUCAAGUGGGAAAGCAAACAAAGAGUUCACACAAGUCAACAAACUACAUCUCAACCUCACGACCUUUGGAGCUGAUGCACAUGGACUUGGUUGGACCGGUACAGACCGAAAGUAUUGGGGGAAAGAAAUAUAUUCUUGUCUUGGUGGAUGAUUUCUCACGUUUUACUUGGGUUGCAUUCUUGCGUGAGAAAUCUGAUGCGUUCAAAGCAUUUUGUGGCUUGUUGAAUAGAAUUCAAAAUGAUAGAGUUGCUUCAAAUGAUCGUGUGAUAAAACUCAGAACCGAUCACGGAACUGAAUUUGAAAACACAUCAUUUUCUGAGUUUUGUGAUGAAAAAGGAAUUGCUCAUAAUUUUUCUGCUCCAAUCACUCCUCAACAAAACGGAGUUGUUGAACGGAAAAAUCGUGUGUUGCUUGACAUGAGUCGUGUCAUGCUGACUAGCGCUCGUUUGACAAGUCAUUUUUGGGCUGAAGCAGUCAGCACCGCUUGCUAUACUGUAAAUAAAGUCUAUCUUUGA